AUGUCUUCUUUUAGCUCACCCAAAACUGCAGAGUCCACCAUCGUGGUGAUCGGUGCCGGGAUCAUCGGCUUGACCAGCGCACUCAAGAUCCAACAAUUAAUAGCAGACUCCCAAUUCACUGAUACAACAUCUGUACUCCUCGUCGCUAAAGAAUGGCCAACCUCAAUUCCCGGAGCUCCAAUUGAACAUUCGGCUGACUAUGCUUCCAUGUGGGCUGGCGCUCAUGUCAGACCCAUCCCCGCAUCAACGCCACAACUUCGCCGUGAAGCAAAAUGGGUGAAAACUACUGUCGCUGAGCUGGAGAAGCAUCGCCAAAGCGAACCUGGAGUUGGAAUUCGUCGUCUUCCAGGAAUUGAGUACCUCGAGGAUCCAACAGCUGAGUAUAUGAAGCAAGAUGCGUUGAGUUUCACCAACGAGACUGGAUUGCCGGGAUACCGCAAGUUCGAGGCUCAUGAACUUCCAGAGGGCGUAAAGCUUGGAUUUGAGUAUGAGACGUAUUGUAUCAAUGCACCCUUGUACAGCGCCAACCUGCUUCGAAAGUUCAUUAUCCAAGGUGGCAAGACUGUUCAGCGGGACCUGAAGAGUGAAUGGGAGGCUUUCAUCCUGGCGCCGAAUGUGAAGCUUGUGGUUAAUGCGAGCGGAAUGGGUUUUGGAGACACAAAAUGUUUCCCGAUCAGAGGCCAAACGGUAUUGACAAACCUCACUGCCGCCGACAAAACCAUUACCACACAAAAGAAAGAUGGAACAUGGAGCUUUAUCAUCCCCAGGUCGUUCAACGGCGGAACCGUUAUUGGCGGCACCAAAGAGAUGGGCAACUGGGAUCUUGAGCCGUCUCAGGAAACGCGCAAUAAGUUACUGAAAGCUGCUCAAUCCAUCUUACCCCAAGCUUGUGACAAGGAACACGAUGUUGGUUCGCUAAAGGUGAUCAAGGAUGUUGUUGGAAGAAGACCAGCUCGUGAAGGAGGGAUGAGGGUCGAAACAGAAGCAAAGGAUACAACUUGGGGGACCAAACACGUUGUGCAUGCUUACGGAGCUGGGGGACGUGGUUAUGAGCUUUCGUGGGGCGUGGCUAGUGAAGUCACGGAGCUGUCGAAGGAAGUACUUGGGUCGCAAUCGGCGACGAAAGCAAAGCUGUAG